AUGCCUGUCGGUAUCGGUCGCUUCUGCCUGCUGGCCUCAGCCUUCCUCCUUGGGGUGCUGCUACUUGACCUCCCCGCAGCCACAGGCACAGAAGCAAAAAAAUCCGGCGUGUGUCCCGAGCUCCAGGCGGAUCCAAACUGCACGAAGGAGUGCGUCUCGGACAGCGACUGCGCGGACACCCGAAAGUGCUGCCAGGCUGGCUGCAGCACCCUGUGCUCGGUGCCCAAUGAAAAGGCAGGUACCUGCCCCAGUGUGGACUCCCAGCUUGGCAUCUGUGAGGACCAGUGUGAGAUGGACAGUCAGUGUCCUGGCAAGAUGAAGUGCUGCCGCAAUGGCUGUGGAAAAGUGUCCUGUGUUACACCCAACUUCUGAGCUUCAGCCACCACCAGCCUAAGGAGAGGAAAAGGGAAGUUUCUGCCUGGCUGUGCAUCUGGUUCCAUCCCUGUGGCCC